AUGCAAGGAAACAGUCUCAAUACUGAACAAGGAGAGGGAGACGAACUGCAAGCGGAUAAAGAAGCUCUGCUGCGUGCAGCAGGAGCAUCUCCGGUGUACAUACAGCUGCUCUCAACUGAAUGGACGGCCGAACCAUUCGCAGCCCCAGCAGCAGCAGAAGACGAAGCAGCAGCAGCAGGAGAUGCAGCAGCAGCAGCAGCAGCAGCAGCAGCAGCAGAUGCAGCAGCAGCAGGAGAUGCAGCAGCAGCAGCGGCAGCAGGAGACGCAGCAGCAGCAGCAGCAGCAGACGUAGCAGCGGCAGAAGAUGCAGCAGCAGCAAGAGACACAGCAGAAGCAGGAGACGCAGCAGCAGCAGAUGUUGCAGCAGCAGCAGAUGCAGCAGCAGCAGCAGAUGCAGCAGAAGCAGCAGCAGCAGCAGCAGAUGAAGCAGCAGCAGCACCUGCCGAAGGGCCAUCAGCACCCGAUGCAGCAGCAGGCGUUGCAGCAGCAGCAGCAGCAGCACCAACAAAACCAGCAGCAGCAACAAGAACAGCAGCAGCAACAAGAACAGCAGCAGCAGCAACAGCAGCAGCAGCAGCAGCAGCAGAAGGUUUUAGUUUGCUGCUGAGUUUAUCUGUGCCGGUGCAGCAGAAGCUGCAUAGACACCCCAAUGCUGCUGAUCUGCUGCUCGAUGUUAUUCUUAAGCUAGCAGCACCAAUUGCUUUUCUAUGGUAG